CAGCUAGCGUGAGGCUGGGGAGCGCUGAGCCGCGCGUCGUGCCCUGCGCUGCCCAGACUAGCGAACAAUACAGUCAAGAUGGCUAAAGGUGAUCCCAAGAAACCAAAGGGCAAGAUGUCUGCUUAUGCCUUCUUUGUGCAGACGUGCAGAGAGGAACAUAAGAAGAAAAACCCAGAGGUCCCUGUCAAUUUUGCAGAAUUUUCCAAGAAGUGCUCUGAGAGGUGGAAGACAAUGUCUGGGAAAGAGAAAUCUAAAUUUGAUGAAAUGGCAAAGGCUGAUAAAGUACGCUAUGAUCGGGAAAUGAAGGAUUAUGGACCAGCUAAGGGAGGCAAGAAGAAGAAGGACCCUAAUGCCCCCAAAAGGCCACCGUCUGGAUUCUUCCUGUUCUGUUCAGAAUUCCGCCCUAAGAUCAAAUCCACAAACCCUGGAAUCUCUAUUGGAGAUGUGGCAAAGAAGCUGGGCGAGAUGUGGAAUAACUUAAGUGACAGUGAAAAGCAGCCUUACAACAAUAAGGCGGCAAAGCUGAAGGAGAAGUAUGAGAAGGAUGUCGCGGACUAUAAGUCUAAAGGAAAGUUUGAUGGAGCAAAGGGGCCCGCCAAAGUGGCCCGGAAAAAGGUGGAAGAGGAAGACGAAGAAGAGGAGGAUGAAGAAGAGGAGGAGGAGGAGGAGGAGGAGGACGAUGAAUAAAAAAACUUUGUCUC